AUGUGGAUCCUAGAGAGCAACAACACCGUGACCGCCUCUGUUUUACCGGCAACAGGGUCUUCCAUUGCUGGCUUUGUGAAGAACAUGAUCACAAAAGAUACAUCAUACAUGGAUCUUGAGGUCCUGGAGCGUAUACUUGAUGGAAGAGAGAAGCCGACAAAUCUAUCACUCGCACUUUUGAAGGAUAUCACAGAAAAUUUCUCGGAUGAUCGAGAAAUCGGUCACGGUGGAUUUGCAACUGUUUAUAAGUAUCUGGUAUAUAUUGAAGUCAGACAACCGGAUGAAUUAAGAGGACUGGAAUGGAAUACACGCUAUGGAAUAAUUAGAGGAAUCUGUGAAGAUUUCGGUUUAUCAAGACUUGAUGAAAAGUCAAAAACCAUGAGUGAAUACCGUCUCGGAUCACUAGGAUAUUGUGCUCCAGAGUACAUAUCUGAAGGAAAUAUGUCAUUCAAAUCAGACAUGUACAGUUUGGGAAAAAUAAUCAUCGAGCUAGUGACGGGAGGAAAGGAGAUCCUCAAUAAUAGCAACACUGUACUUAGGAGAUGGAGGCACAGAUGGAAAAAAUCAGGAAAGGAAACACCACUGGUUUACCAACAAGUAGCAAAAUGCAUCGAAAUUGGGUUACUCUGCCAAGAACGUGAACCAUCCAAGCGGCCCUUUAUAUGGGAUAUAAUAAAUGAUAUCAGCCACAUGGAAGUUGUAAACGAGGAAAUCAACAAUGCCAAUGAAUAUACAUUUGGGAAGAUAAGCUCUUGCCUGGAGGAGGAUGAUAUGCUUGGAAUUGAGCCACUCAAACUACAUUUCCCUUUUGCCCUUAACAAACAGAUGUCCUGCGAGAUUCAACUAACCAAUGAGACGGACUCUUACAUUGCCUUCAAUGUCCAAAAUAUGAGCCCCAAGUCAUACAACACACAACCGCAGAAAGACAUUAUGCCACCACGAUCCAAGUGUAACAUUGAAAUAACACUGCAGGCGCAAGGCAAUGUGCCGAUAGAUAUGCAGCGUGCCAAUGAGUUUGUUGUGUGGAGCACCAAAGUGAAUGAUGGUAUUGCAUUUGAGGAUAUUACUAAAAGCAUGUUCAUCAAAGAGACAAUCAAUGUGGUUGAUGAGGUGAAUUUGGAUGUGGUUUUUGAUGUAAGUGAGCCACAAGAAGCAAGUGACAAAAUCAGUGAGGGCAAUGCCCUCACAGAUCGUGCCAAUGAAUCUACUGUGUGGAGCACCAAAGUGAUGAUUGAUGGCCUUGCAAUUGAGGAUAUAACUACAAACAAGCUCAUUAAAGAGUCAGACACCAUGGUUGAUGAGGUGCACUUGGAUGUGGUUUUUGAUGCCAAUGAGGUGCAUUUGGAUGUGGUUUUUGAUGCCAAUGAGAUCAUAGAUGAUACAGCUGGGAAAAUCUAUUGCAUAGAUGCACAUCAGAAAGAGCCGUUGAUUAUAGUGGGUACCUCACUUGGGAAUGUUAAGACAUGGAACUAUAACACACAGUUACGGAUGUUAAGUUCAUUGCACGAAAGGGAUGUGGCGGAGACAGGCCCCAGGCAGCCUGCCUGGGGCGUGAUGGUUGUUUGCUUCGUUGACCGUAGUGAUUAUUGUACAUAUAAUGCUACGAGAACCCGCUACUGCACCCAUCUCUUCCUUGUGAAUCUACCCACCGCUUCCUCGGCCGUCUCUAUAGCCGAUGAUCAGACGGGCAAGUUGGAGCAAAAUAAGAAAAGGAAGACCAUGACUGCCACCGUCGAAAUCCCGCCUGACUUGAAGCAGGAUCUGAUUAGUCUGCGGGCUACUUGGUGGAGCAGCACAACUCUGCUCGAGGUCAACCAGAACAACAUCCCCAUGAGUCCCCUUCAUUACCCUGUGAUGACGCUGCCGCUGGUCGAGGUGUCGGCCCUGACGGCUUCAAGUGCAGAUGCGCAGCUUUGUGCUCCGGAAGCUGCUCCAGGUGCAGGCAGUGCAGAGAAGCCUCAAGGGGAGGCCACUUAUGCGAGCAAGCAUGGCAACCGAAAGACAUGCUGGCAAGAUAUAUACCAGAGCUAUGUUUGGGCAGUUUGCCCACAUGGGGUUGCUAUGCAGGCAUGUACUGAAGGUACAAAAAUCCCAAAGAAGCAUAUAGUAAAAAGAUGGACAAGAGAUGCACGGGAUAUCCUCCCGCCUAACCUGACACAGGCAUUCCACAAUUUGUAUUCAAUUCUUCCUCUUCCUGGAAAUGAUCCGGCUGAAGAAGUAUCGAAGAACAGUAUGGGACAAAGGUCCCCAAACAAGUAUGAAGAAGAAGAGGAAUCUGACGAUGAAGCAGAAUCCGCACCGUCUCCUCCGAUUUCUGUUGACCCGGAAAACACAUGCAAAAGGCAACAUGACCUCAAUGAUGAUGGUGAUGAUCAUGCCAAUCGGGCUCUCAAGAAACCCUGA